CCGCCCCGUGAUCUGUCACUUUUAUAUAUAUGCACGAGGGAGUGGAGUGGUUUCCAUAGAGAGGGACGAUCACGGCCCACUUGGGAACAAUACAAGGAAAGAAAGAGCAGUGACCCCAGCCGGGACAGAAGUUCAGGGGGGAUGUUUCUGGGGCAGAUCUCCUGGUCCUGAAGCGGCUGCCCCCCUCACUGAGCAUUUCCACUGCGGAGGGAAGGCCACUCACAGGGAGAGAUGCUGAAGCCAGCCCACUUCCUGCUGCUGCUGCUGCUGCUCCCGGGGGCCCCCAGGCCAGGCCUCCCCCAGAAGUUCUACAAAGCCAAGUCCUUGGUCAGCUGUAUCAACACAGCCCUGCCGGAGGCCAAGCAGAGCCCACUGGGGGACGCACCGCUGCUGAGCAAGAGAAGCUUCCUCUACCUGCCCAGCCAAGACCCAUCCUCAGGAGAGGAUGAUGAGCGGGUGCAGGAGGACGAGGACAAGAAGAAGAGGACCUUCCCCAGCUCCGGGGGUGGUGGCGGGGCCGGAAGUGGCCGGUACAAACACCUGUCCCCAGCGCAGCCCAGGGGAAGGCCAUCCCAGGACAAGACCAAGAGCGAUCGGCGCACCAAGUUCACUCUGUCCCUCGACGUCCCCACCAACAUCAUGAACAUCCUCUUCAACAUCGCCAAGGCCAAGAACUUGCAGGCCAAGGCGGCUGCCAACGCGCACCUGAUGGCACAGAUUGGCCGGAAGAAGUAGAAGCAGAGGCCGGCGGGAGGAAGCGCACGGUUAAGGGCAGGGGCGGAGGUCGGGCCAGCUGCUCCGUAUAUUGAGGGAUGGGUCCAGCUCUCCACGCUGCUUCACUGCUCGCCCCCUCCGCUCCUCCUCUGCCCCCAGCCAGCUCCCUCCUCCCCUGCACACAGACACAGAAGAACAGCACUGCCACCCUGCACAGACGGGAGG